GCAGUCUUGAAGCCCCGCCUAGACGGGGCGGGGCGUGUUCCAUAACGGGGCCUCGCGGUCCAGCUGUGCCGAGGACGAGACGCGCUGAGCGGCCAGCAGAGAGCGAGUCUUCCCGCUGUGUCGUCACGGUGGUCCAGCGGUUGUUGGGAGAAAAAGCGUCCGACAUGAAGAACGCGGCGUCCAGUGAUGUCACCAGGAGGCGGGUCCAGAACGGCGCCAACGGGUCGGCGGGGGAGAAGAAGGAGGAGGAGUCUGCGCAGUGGGGGAGAGCCUGGGAGGUGGACUGGUUCUCCCUGAUCAGCGUGGUGGCUCUGCUCCUCCUGGCCCCGGUCCUGGUACUCUUCCUGGUGAUGGUGUGUGACCAGUACCAGUGUUCCAUCUCCCAGCCGGUGCUGGACCUGUACCAGGGAAGGACCACCCUGCUCUCCAUCUGGGCCCGCGUACCCUCGCCCACCUGGAUGGCUGCCAAGAUCUACACUGCCUGGGUGGUCUUCCAGGUGGUGUUGUACAUGUGCAUCCCUGACGUUCUGCACAAAGUCCUUCCUGGUUACGUCGGGGGAGUCCAAGAAGGCGCCACAACGCCCGCAGGUCUGAUCAACCAGUACCAGAUCAACGGGCUGCAGUGCUGGCUCCUCACUCACUUCCUGUGGCUGGCCAACGCUCAGUACUUCCACUUCUUCUCUGCCACCAUCAUCUUUGACCACUGGAUGCCCCUCAUGUGGUGUGCCAACCUGCUGGGGUACACCGUCUCCACCUUUGUCUUCAUUAAGGCUUACCUCUUCCCCACCAACCCACAGGACUGCAAGUUCACAGGCAACAUGUUGUACAACUACAUGAUGGGAAUCGAGUUCAACCCCCGUGUCGGUCGAUGGUUCGACUUCAAGUUGUUCUUCAACGGGCGGCCUGGCAUCGUGGCGUGGACCCUCAUCAACCUGUCCUACAUGGCCAAGCAGCAGGAAGUCUAUGGUCAUGUGACCAACUCCAUGGUCCUGGUCAACCUGCUGCAGGGAAUUUAUGUGCUGGACUUCUUCUGGAACGAGGCGUGGUACCUGAAGACCAUAGACAUCUGCCAUGACCACUUUGGUUGGUACCUGGGCUGGGGAGACUGUGUGUGGCUGCCCUACCUGUACACGCUACAGGGUCUCUACCUGGUCUACCACCCGGUGCAGCUGUCCCAGACCCACUUCCUGCUGGUCCUGCUCCUGGGUCUGGUGGGCUACUACAUCUUCCGUGCCACCAACCACCAGAAGGACCUGUUCCGCCGCACCCAGGGCGCCUGUACCAUCUGGGGGGGGCAGCCCGCCUUCAUCCAGUGCUCGUACCGCUCGGCCGACGGCGCCGUGCACCACAGCAAACUGCUGACCUCGGGCUUCUGGGGCGUGGCCCGCCACCUCAACUACACGGGCGACCUGAUGGGCUCGCUGGCCUACUGCGCCGCCUGUGGCUUCCAGCACCUUCUGCCCUACUUCUACCUGCUCUACAUGAGCGUGCUGCUGGUGCACCGCUGUCUGCGGGACGAGCACCGCUGCAGCAGCAAGUACGGACCCGACUGGCACCGCUACACCCGCGCCGUGCCCCACCGCCUGCUGCCCGGAAUCUUCUAGACGGCUCUUGUCAAUCGAUGUGUCAUGUGACGUCUUCCGCACCAAUCAGCUGCCUGCAGUACAGAAUGACGUCACUAGUAGUUUCCCGGCAAAGCAGGACUUGGUCGUCCCAGUCUGGGAGGCAUCCGGCUGCAAUACACCUGGUGGACACUGGAUGGCAGCAGAGGGCCUUCCAUAUUGAUUCCUUCCUCUUGUACCAUUUCUACAACAAUAAAGAUACUUUUUAUGAAAUAUUA